GCAAAACCAAUCAGUAAAUGAGACCCUUUUGUGCAGUGACCAUAAAGAUAAGGAUGGCAUAGGGACAUGGGUAUCUACAAUGAUCCUGCUAUGUCAAGAGCUUAGUGGGGCUCUCUGCCAACAUUUGGAACAUGUUAUAGGGACACUACAAGUCACUUGCCAGCAGCUGCAUGUUCUUGACAAACAGAAACCUUGCAUUUGGAGACAAGAAAUUAAUGAUCUCAUAGUCUGCCUCAAGAAAAUAAAUGAAUAUUUGAGGAACACUGUCAUACAUCUUCAGAAAGAGGAAAAAGACAUAGUUAAUUUAUAUGCCAUGAACCAUGAGUAUAUUCCCCUUUACACACACACUACCAUCCAAAAUACCUUUGGUGGAACAAACAUUUCUGAAAAAGGGAAAAUGGAUUAUGUGGAAACAUUCCCUGAUUCCAUCCAACCAUUUCCUCAAAUUUCUCCCCCUAAGGAAGGAGAAAGUCAUUGCAUGAGCCAAAUCCAGAUACAAGAAAACAAGGAACUGAUGAUUUCUGCAUUUGUGGAGAAAGAAAAUAUCUCAUCAUUGAAUGGAAAUGUCACGAAGCAAGAAAUGGAGUUAGAUGAAACAUCCUCAGAAAAUGUGGCAAAUAAGGAUUGUAAACAAAUAGAAGGCACUCUUGUAGAGAAAAAUGAUGCAAAGAGGGAAGAGAUUAAUGCUAUAAUAUCUAGUAAAGAACUUCCAGAAAGAGAAUUUCGAAGUAAUAUGGAGAGUAUGAAUGAAGGGAAGACAGUGUCUCUGAUGAAUGAUAUUGACAAUAGAUUCGGGGGAAAUGUUCUCACAAAUGAUUCAGAGAAUCUAAACCAAACAAAUCAUGUUCUGGAAAAGGAAUAUCUUGUUACUCCAAUUGAUGAGACCAGCCCCAAAGUAGCUUGUUAUAUUACAGCACCAUCACCUAUUCUACAAAACCUGACCUGCCAGAUAACAAAUAGUAUUAGUUCUUUGAUAGUUAAGGAUUCUGAAGAAUUGGUCAGCAAUGUCAUCACUGUUGAGUACUCAGACCAGGAGAAGAGAAUUCCAUUUCCAAUAAGCAUUGCAAUCCCAUUUAGUGCAUGCUACCGGGGAAAUUACAGGGACAUCAUGGUGAAAGUGUCUGACAGAGACCUUCAAUCAAGUUAUAUAACCCCAAGUUCACUGGAAGGAACUCGAGGAAGUCAUAAGGGAACCUGGGCUAAAGUAAAGGUUUAUAAAGUCGGCAUUUUUUCUGUGGUAUCUUGCCUGAAGAAAGAAUCCUUCAUGGUUCCAAAGAAAGGCCUUUCCCUAAAGCUCAGCAUGGACCCCAGGAUCUCCUUAAGUUACCCCUUGGGAGUUUUCGGCUCUUCAGUACUCGUACAGUUAAAGGUCCAGCCAAUUGAUCCUUCACUAGUGUCAACAUUAAAAAUGAAACAAGAUCUUUAUUUUUCAGUAGUAUCAACUAGCCCUUUAAUUCAUAUCCAACACCCAGCAACACAUCCUUUUCAUAAACCAGUCACUGUCAUCUUGCCCUGUUCUCCAAAUACAGAAAGAAAAACUGAUGGUACUGAGACAGACCAUAAAAGGGCAACUAGUGCUAUUUCUAGAAAGAUCACCUCUUCCUACCCUAUCCGGGCCAAGAGUGCUUCUAUAAGAAAACCUGGGGACAAUGUCAGUGAGUCCUUGAAGCUACUGGGUUUCAGAAGCAGAGAGGGAAGUUGGUUUGUCCUCGAUGAUAUUGUUGUGAGAAACAUGCAGAGUGGAAUUGUAUCAUUUGAAUUGCAUGAACAUUUAGACAGAUUUCUUGUGCUUCGCCUUUCUUCCACCAUGGACAAUUCCCAUCUAGUCUUUUUCACAAAGUGUCUAGAGGAAGCUACCUUCAGUACCAUGGCCUGCAUAGUACUAUAUCGGAAUAAAGAAAACCCUCAUAAAGCAGUUGUUUCACUAGUGCCUUCUAAAGAUUUGAGCCAGGAGCUUCAGAGCCUGCAUAAGAGAGGGUUUAGAGGGCCUCCAGAGCCAUCUCAGUUUUUCCAAAUGAGAGAAGGAGAACAGAUUAUUUUAAGGUUUAAUGGCAACAUUUUUGCUUCAAGUAAUGGGAAGGACUAUGGAAAAGACUACAAGCUUAUUUUUCACUUGCAAAGAAAGCCCAGCCUGGAACUCCAGCUCAAGGAGGUGGAUGAAUUUGGCAACUACAGUUCCCCUCAUUAUAAGGGUACAGUUGCAGUUUACAAAGUACCCAAAGAAAAAAUAGCCAAGAACUUGAAGCAACCACUUAUACUUAAUGACUUUUGGCAUCAACUGCCUACUUGCAAAUUACCAUUGAAUUUGCCUAAGCAUGAAAAAUUAAUCAACCAUCCACAGAGCACUAAACGAAUGUCUACAGAUCCUUCAGAAGCCCUUUGGGAAAACUUGUUUUACUGGUUGGCUGAGGAACUGUCCGAAGAAAAUGCGGCAUCUCUUGCUGCAUCCCUCCCUCUGCGGCGGAGUACCAUUCAACUUGUCAAACUGAAGAAUCCUGAUAACCUAACUGAGCAGAUCUACGAAUUUCUUUCCUUCUGGAAGAAAACCCUCCCAACAUCAGUUGAUAAACGACGGCUUCUAUCUCGUCAUCUCCGAAAGACUGGGAGGAGUGAUCUUUCGGAAGAGCUCAAAUAUAAGUGGGAGAAUAAGGUCUUUACAGAGCUUUAGCUGGGGUCA